AUGCGGCCUGAGGAGUACGGUUCGGGGAUUGACUAUGCUCCUCCGGCUACACACGACACGAGCCGUGUGAACUACCACGUGAAGCAGCUCGACAGCUUCGCCCAGACCCUCCAAGAGUCUGCCAGCAGGGCGUUUCCCAACCGGGGCCGGGCGUCACAGAGGUACAGAAAUGUCCAGGUUCUCCUGUUGCACUGGAAGACAGACGACCUGUUCGUGCUGCCAGAACUCGAGGACCUCGACGCCUGCCUCCGUGAGGACUAUGGCUUCAACACGGACGUCUUCGCUAUCCCGGCCGACAACCCUCAUCUCGACCUCAUGAUGAGGAUAGGCUCUCUCAUCAAGGAUCAUGAACACGAGGACACCCUGUUCAUCAUCUACUAUGGAGGCCACGCCAAGAUAGAUGAGUCGAGGCAGAGCACCUGGUGCGCGACGCGGCAUUCCGGGUCUCCCUCGCUACAAUGGUCAGCUAUCCAGACGCUGCUGGAGCGGUCCGUGUCAGAUGUCCUGGUAUUGUUAGACUGCUGCGCCGGCGCGGCAUCGGCCACCUUUCCGAACGGCAAAAGUAUCACCGAGACGAUAUCAGCCUCGAGCUGGGAUGCCAUCGCCCCCGAUCCAGGCCGCUACUCCUUCACGAACGCCCUCAUUGAGGUCCUGGGCGAGUGGCGCCUCAAGACAUUCUCGGCCGCUAUGCUCCACGCCGAGAUCCUUGCUCGGCUCAAGCAUCCACGGCCCAUCCUGAUCAAUGGCAAGCGCUUCGAGGCCAGGUCGACGCCAGUCCAUUUUAUGAUGACCUCGGACCACCGUGCGCCCAGCAUCGAGAUGAGCCGCAUGAUUUCCCAUGAGAGGGUCCCACCGUCACCGCCACAGGACCCGAGCCCCUCAGGCUUGCCUCUGGGUCGAGGACCCGCGGAAGACGAAGAGUGCUGCACCGAACCAAAUGAGGACAAACCCCACGUAAUGAUCUCUCUCGCCCUUGAAGACGACCAGAGGCUGGACCUGAACGCGUGGGAGCAGUGGCUAGCGGGCUUCCCGGCUCUGGCAAAAUACGUCAAGGUCCAGGGUGUCUUCAAGAGCCACUCAACUUUACUUCUCCUGUCGAUGCCGGUAGGCGUGUGGGACCUGCUCCCUGAGGAUCAGGCCUGCUCGUUUGUGGCAUUCAUCAGGUCCAACAAUCUCGUCAAGAACCCCGAGAGAGCCGAGACGCCCUUCCAGAACCCGGCCGACGUCUACCAAAGCGACAGAUCCUCCGUCUUCUCUGCUGGCGACAGGGCCGGCCUUUGGCGGGCGCAGACUGCCAGUGUGGCCCUGCAGGAGGAGCAGAUCGAACCCGAAACGACGGUAGCUACGUCGGCGAGCCAAGACAGGACAUCAGCUCCGUCAUCGGCUCGGGUAUCCACAUCCAGCUCGCAACGGCCGCCGCUUCAGCAGUCCCGGACGACACCGCCAUACCGGACCGGCGGACUGGCUGCUACUAUGGCUCUAGCAGGAGCAACACUAGAAGGUGGCAUCCUCCGGCAGCCGCUGAUGAAUCACUCGCGGAACUCCAAGAGGACGGUGUUCGCCAGCGAAAAAGGCAUCCCUCCGAGCCCACGCCUUGCUACUCACGUUGUCAGCCGUCUCGAGGAAUACUUCAGGGUAGACCCUCAUCCGAGCGAUGGAACGGCAGAAUACUACGCUUCGCACCUCGGAAUAGAAGCGAAUGAGGUCAAGAUCCUAUUUGCCGACCUGAGGUCGCCAUCAGAGUUCCAGAGAUCACACGUGCACAGCGCGGUAAACCUGAGGAUGCCAGCGAAAUUCCUGAGGAUAGCCGCUCUCGAGAUGCUGGACCGCACGUUCCCGGACGAGCAGAGCCGGAGGUCCUUCACAAGAUGGAGCAAGACCAAGUGUGUAGUUAUCUACGAUAGGAAUAUCGAGGCCCUCUGGGAAUGCCCUGCUGCGGUCGAGCUAUUGGAGCUCCUCAGGAGGGAGGGCUGGCCAGGGAAUUGUUUUGUCCUGAAGGGGCCGUUCCGGGAGUUCUCGAUGUCAUUCGACAAGUACAUCACAGGCGACCGGAUGACCAAGGAGGCCAAGAAGUAUGCAGACAGCCUGAGAUCGGCUACGCCGCCCACCGAGGACCAGGUCAGGCGAAACCAGGUACGCUACGAGGAAUGGCUGCAGCGGGUCCAACACGAAAGCAACACGCAGCACAGUUACUUCAGCCCCCGGGAGGUGGGCCAGAAGAAGGCCGUUGUGGAUGAACACCAAAGGGAGCUCGAGGCCGAGUUCAAGGGGCGUUUCCCGGACCUGUACCAGAUGAUCAAGGAUAUGAGCGUCUCGAUGCCUCCGGCGCCACCAGCACCGCCGCCGAAGCACGGCAAAGGGGCCUACUACGACAACGAUUCAUACUUUGAGAACAGGAAAGCGCACCUCGUGGGCAACCUUUCCACAGGUCUCGACAAGAUGCGCGAGGCCGCCGGCGAGAGGCUUCCAGACAAGCUCGGCGAACUCCCGGCGCUCGAAGUGGAGGAGUUUGACGAGAUCGACCCACGCGAGGCGCAACAGUCGCCACACAGCCCUGGCGCCGGCCGCUCAGCUGCGCCCCCCGCCAGCGAGGCCGGGAGCGGGGGGAGCGGCAAUGCACCGCCGAUCAGUCCUCUCGAGUAUGCUGCCAGAAGACUGGCGCGGGAGAAUGCGGCGCAGAAGCAAGGGGGGCUCUGGAAACGCCUGAAGGGUACCAAUGGGAAAUGA